GAUUCUGUCUGAAGGUGGCCCCAAUUGAGUCUUCUUCUGCCGAGCAAAGAAAAAAAGGAACAGAUAGCUUUAAUAAAAAAAGAAAAAGGAAAAAAGGAACAGAUCGAGAAGACAGCAAAGGGGAAAGAAACUGGAGCAGAGAAGAGGGGAUCAGGAUGCGGCUCUCCUUCCCGCUCGUGGCUGGCGCCGUCGUGGAUAAAUCAUCACAACAAAAUCUGUAGUUGAGAACCGGGGCUUGAAUAAUGGUGUUACUAGAAAAGUAUCAGACCCAGUCUAGUCUGGGGAUGCACAUCUGCAGAAACAAAUCAUAGGGUUGGAGUGAUAUCUGGGAAUGUUAUAUUUGGGCCACCGCUUCAGAAGUACUGGGCAGAGAAGCAGCAGCAGGAUCAGGCAGCAAAAGAAGGCCAAACUGGGUCGACUUAACAAAGACAUCUUCAUUUAUUUAUUUUUCUUUUACCAAUUCAAGGCCAAAAGUGCUCUUUCAGUCGCAGACACAGAAUUCUGAAACUAACACAAUGAUGUGAAAUAUUGAAAUGUACUUGGUUGCGCGGUUAGUCUGAUAGCCCCAAGCUUUUUUAACAUUGGUUACUCUGAUACAUUGUUCGCUAGCUCCAUUAGCGUUUGUGCUGGAAGGUAUCAUUUGUUCUACCAUACACAUAAUGAAUUACGAGUCCUUUUAUGUACUCUGAUUCUAAAUUCUUGACUCAAAUUUGUUCAAAUAUGGAUGUAUCUAUUCAUAAAAAACAUCUAGAAACAUGUAAUAUUUCGAAACAAUUUAGAAUCGGAGGGAGUAUUUAAAUUCAGUCUUAUCUGGUUGAUUGAAACCCAGAUUUUUUUUAGAUCGAUGUGUUCUGUUGUGUUUUUGGGUAGAGCGAAAACAGCCAACGUGCCCUGUCGUGACUCGCGACCAGCCUGUUCCAUUUGGGGGUUAACGGCCUGUCACGGCCCAGCCUGUUCCAUUUUGCUUUCAGAAUUCAGAACAGGGAUACGGUAGACCAUCAGUCCAUCACCAUGGUAGGAUUAGGAAUCCCCCGCGCAUUCACAAGCCCCAGCGCCCACUUUGCCGCCAAAACCAGAACCGUGUCUCCUCCGGCGAUCGCCGCCGCAGCCCUGAACCCUCACACGAUGCCGAAGAAGAAAGCUGCCCCCACCCCCGCCGCCGCCGCCGCCGCCGCCAGCAAGUACUGGCUGCUGAAGACGGAGCCGGGGGAGUGGUCGUGGUCCGACCAGGCCGGCGCCCCCGGCGGCGUCGCGCCGUGGGACGGCGUCCGCAACCGCCAGGCGAUGAACAACCUCCGUGCCAUGCGCCGCGGCGACCGCUGCCUCUUCUACCACUCGGGCGCCGGCGCCGCCUCCCGCCGCGUCGUGGGCGUCGUGGAGGUCGCCAGGGAGUGGUACGAGGGCGAGGAAGGGGAGGCGGCGGCUGGCGGCGCCGUGGACGUGCGGGCCGUCGGGGAGUUCCAGAAGCCGGUGGCGCUCGGGGAGGUCAAGAAGGCGGCGGGAGAGGUGGAGGGGAUGAAGGACUUCGCGCUGCUCCGGCAGGCGCGGCUUUCGGUGAUGCCCGUGCCGGAGAAGGUCUGGGAUUGGAUUUGUGAGAUGGGAGGGGGAUUUGUGCAGGACGGGGAGGAGGAAGAAGAGGAUUGAUGCUACCAGGUAAGAUGGCAUUUUGUGCUAGGUUUUAAACCUUUAAGAGCUGGUACUUCGAGGAGCAUAUCGGAGCUAUUUUGUUCAUCCUGUUUGAUGCCUGCCUGUUUGGCAUCUCUGCACCGCAGCCUGAUUAAUAGUGCAGCCACUAGUUAUGUAAGUUCGGUGUUCGGUGUCGCGAGAACAGUUGUUUUGAGAUCAAUCAAGCACUCGUACAUGCUGUUCUGUGUGGCUGUUUAAUCUACUUAGCUUGUGUCUUAUGCGAGUUGCAAGUUUGCAAUCCUAGUC